AUGUUUUACGACAACUGGGUAGCAAACUUUGGAGCACCUAAAACGUUAACUACGGAUCAAGGUAGCCAGUUCGAAGCACAACUUUUCACUGCGCUUCUUCAGCUGAUCGACUGUCAACGGAUUUGUAUCACGGCGUAUCACCCCGUCUCGAACGGUCUGCGUACUCAUGUCCGUCUUGACACUGGCGCAUCGCCUGCGGAAUUCGUUUACGGAACGACACUGCGCGUCCUCGGAGAAUUUGUACUGCCGGACGACUUUACUCCUAAUCCUCAAAUGUUCAUCGAGGAAUUCCGCGAACAUAUGCGCAAAGUUAAGUCAAUCUCGAUAGAACAUAAGCAUAAGAAACACGCAUUUGUGUUCAAAGAUUUAUACUCAUGUUCCCAUGUGUUUCUAUGGGUGGGCGGUAUCAAGAGAGCGUUAGAGAGUCUCUACACCGGCCCUCACAAAAUCGUAAAUCGUGUGGCCGAUCGAGUAUUCGACAUUGACAUUAACGGUACACAGCGCAGGGUAUCGGUCGAAAAUUUAAAACCAGCGUAUAGCAUACGCGAUGACUUAUGUAGUGCAACCCCAGAAGCAGGGCAAUCAACCAAUUCGUUCAGCAACGAACAACCAGCUUUAAAAACGUACGCGCGUCCAAAGAAAAAAGUCAUCUUCGCCAUAUAA